AUGGAGGUGGACGGCGAAGUUGCCAGUGGUGGUGGCGGCGCGGUCGCGCCGGCAUCCAAAGCGGAGCAAUUUGCCCUGCUGAAAGGGGCGGUGAAGGAUUGUCCCGGCGACUACACGGCGCACUUGUUCCUCGUCAAGCACCUGCGGGGGGAGAGGCCUGGCAGCCUCGAGUUGCUCAAGGCCCGGCAAGAUUUCUCCGAGAGGUUUCCGCUUGGCCCCGAGCUGUGGCAGGAGUGGAUAGACGAUCGCCGGGCGGCUGGGGGGGAGGAUGGCGCGGAAGACAUCCUCGCUCUCUAUCGCCGCGCGUUCGCGGAUUACCAGUGCGCCAAGCUCUGGCCCGGGUACCUCGAGACGCUGGAGGCCUCGCUAGAUGAAGACGACGAGGGUGGGGUUUCCGCCAUGCGGGAGGCGUUCGAAGAAGCGCUGACUCGCGUGGGCGUCCACCCUGUCCUGGGAGGCGCGGUGUGGCGGUCGUUGUUACGGUUCGAGAUGGAAGAGCUCGAGGACGCCGAGGAGAUGGGCGUGGGAGACGGGGAGAUUGCCAAGGCGCGGGAUAGAGUGAAGCGGGUGUACAGGAGGCAGCUCUCGGUCCCGCUGAUCGGCAACGACGAGAGUCGUCUCCUCGAGGACAUGAAGGAGGCCUUUUCAGGGGACGACGCGGGGCUCAAAGAGGUCGCCCAAGCGCAUGCCAAGGCCAGCAAGAUGCUGGCAGCACGGAUGGAGCAUGAGCAGGCAGUCAAGAGGUGUCAGGAGAAGGACCCCGGGGGACCGGGGGAGGCAAACGCCUGGGAGGCCUACGCCGCCAUGGAAGCUGCGGACGGGCACCCUUCGAGGGCCGCCCUGGCGCUGGAGCGCGCGGAGUCUGAGGGGUGUUGCCUCCAUGAGCGGAUCUGGGUCACCCACUCGGACCUGCUGCUGGCUCAGAUGGGUGCCAAGGACGAGGAGGAAAAGUUGACUGCGAGGGCGGUGAGGAACCUGCCCUGGUCGGCCGAGCUCUGGUGCCGACGCCUCCGUUCUCUGGAACGUUCUUCGGAAGAAGCGGGAGGUCCUUCGGGCGAGGGCACGGCGGGGGCAGAGGCGGCGAUGCGGAGGGUUUGGAAAGAGGCUCUGGGGAGCUCUCUCCCAUCUCCCGAUGAAUACGUCAAGAUUCUUCUGGCCUACUGCGCCAGCUUCAGGCGGCGGCUUCUGCUCGCCGUAGACGCGGUGGUCAAGGCCAAGCCCUUACCGGGCACGGUCGAGGCGUCGACAUCCGACGGGGCGCGGCGGAGCAGAGCGGGCAUCGCGCAGGCCUUGGAGGCGAUGCGGGGGGCUUUCGACGAGGCGGAAGCGUUCGUGGACAAGAACUACCCGGGGUGGGACGAGGGCUGGCUCUGCGUUGUGCGGCGGCGCAUCCAGAUCGAGGACGAGCUUGUGGAAGACAUCGCCGACCUGGAUCUGGACGGCGUCGCCGCGGAAUCUCAGGCGCGGCGACAAUGGGAUCGAGUCCUCCGCCACUCGGGCAAGCGCCUCGUCUCGUGGGAGGAGGCUAUCAAGUGGGAGCGCCGCAGCACGGGGGACCUCGCCGCCUGCCGACGGCUGUACGCGCGAAGCCUGAACGAGGUCCAAGACUACCCCGAGGCGGCAUGCACGGCGUACCUCAACUUCGAAGAGGAGAUCGGUUCCCUCGAAGACUGGGAUGCCGCCAACAAGGGGGUAUUCAACAGCAGAGCCUCCAGAGGCCUGCUCUCGAGGGAUCUCCCGCUUGCCUCUCGCUCCUGGGCAGGUGGCGUCGCGGCGCGCCCGCUGCACCAGCCCACACAACGCCAGCAACAGCAGAAGGCCAGGAAGCAGCAGCAACACAAGCAGGAAGACCGUGGAGGCAAGCGCAACAACAAGCGAAGCAACGAUUCCGCCGCCUCCGCCUCACCUGCAGAAGGCGAGAGCCCCGGAGAGGACAGCGGCGAGAAGAAGAAGAAGCGGGCGCGCACCUCCCCCUCGACGGAAGCAGCAGCCGCGGCCGGCAGCCACCUGGCGACGACGACGGCUGCUGCUGACAAGGGGAAGGGUUUGCCAGGUAAUCAGGCGGCGGCAGGUGGCGGGCCGGGGGGGGUUGAGGGCUUGACGGUGUUCGUCAUGAAUCUUCCCUUUUCGGCUGCGGAUGCCGGGUUGCGGGGCGUGUUCCAGGGCUGUGGAGAAGUGGCGAGCACUCGGGUACUGACCGGCCCGAACGGGAGAUCAAAGGGGCUCGGCUACGUCACCUUCGCCAACGAGGAAGCACUCGCGAAGGCGCUGGCUCUCGACGGCACCGACAUGGACGGCCGCACUCUUUCGGUGCAGAGGUCCCUGCCUCGGGGGUCCCGCUCGGUCAAGGGGGGCUCCGCAGCAUCAGCUACAGCAGCAACGCCCCCCCCACCGCCGCCGGCAGCAGCAGCGGCAGGGGAAGGGGGGGCGAAGGAAGCGGAGGAAUCCGACAUCACCGCGAAGAAGAGCAAGAAAAAGAAGAAAAAGAAGGCCGAGGGGGAGGUGGUCGUUGCGGCGAGCGGGAUCAAGUGGCCGGCGCACCCCACAACGGUGUUCGUGCGCGGGCUCGGGCUGUCGGCGACGUCGCAGGACCUGAGGGAGGCGUUCGUCGGGGUCGGGCCGAUGGUCGAGGCUAGGGUAGUCGAGGACAAGAGGACCCGCGAGACGAAGGGAUACGGACUGGUUCAGUUCGAGGAAGGGGAGGCGGUUGAAAAGGCUCUUGCUCUCGACGGCACGAGCAUGUGCGGCGGCACCGCACAGAUAACUCGCUCCCGUCACCCGGCGGUCGUCGCCGCUCCGGCCCCCGCUCCCGCCUCCUCCGAUGGUGUGGAAACCCCUAGCGGAGACGGAGACGCUGCCCCCGCCGACGGCAAGGGCAGGAGAGCGAAUGAUUGGGACUGCCCCAGCCCGGACUGCGACAACGUCUGCUUCUCUUUCCGGACAAAGUGCAACCGCUGCGGGAUGGGCAAGGACGGCACGCCGCCCCCGAAGGAGUUGCAGCAGGGUGGCGGCGGCAAUAGCGUGGUGGCGACGCAGCACAGGCCGAGGCUUCAGCUCGGGGCCGCAAUCCGACCGCGGGCUCUUCGCAACGAGCGAUCCACCAACGGCGCUGCUCGUAAACCCGUGGGUGGCGGGGCAAGGACGGCUGUUGCUGCGGAGUCGAAAGGUGGUGCCCGUGAGGAUGGGGAGUCAUCGAAGCCUCCCCCUUCCAAGAAAUCAAACGCUGACUUCCGGGCUCUGUUCAACGGGAAGUAGCACACGGGCUGGUCGUGAAGCUGGUCGUUGAGUUACUGCUGAUGCCGCUUCUGACGCGAAGAUAUGUUCUAUGGGGGAAACACACUUGAAUAUUUUCGUGCUUCUGCUUGAACUGCGAGGCAACAAAGAAUGAAUCGCAAGGUGCUUGUGUGAGGUGCAGAAGGGAGAGGGAGGCAUGGAGGUACUGGGAUCAUCCCUGGAAUGGAGAGGGUCCGGUUCAGGCUCUCGUUACCAGCGUUUUCCAUCGAAUGUCGAAAUCAACCAAUGCCUUUGGUUGGGACAACUUGCCUUUUUUCCGCUGCGGGUUUUCGAUAUGGGGGAUUGUGGUUCGAAGGUUAGUCGAUAUGGGAUAGAAAACCAACACGAAUGUCUGAACAGAUUGAAUAGAAACUCGGAAGUGAGAACGGGAACAUGACGUUGCUUGCCAGGGUGGUGGUAUUGGCUGUGGACACACGCGUUGGCAGUCCACGUGUAACUGUACGCUGCUCUCUGAGGUAGGCCGGUGCCAUCCGUACUACAUUAGAUGUAUUCGGGCAAGGAGCCCAGAAGAUCGUGUUGACGUCGUCAACAGGACGGUCUUUGCUGUAUUUGCGACGCUUGUACGUACAUACAGUAGAUCUUGUCGUGCCAGUUGAAAGAUGGAAAGAGUCGGGAGAGGGC